AUGUCCUCACCGGCGCCCGACUUCGCCUCGUCGUCACAGUUCUCCAUCACGUCCCCGCGCUGCAUACCCAAAUCCAAGUUUACAUACAAGCAACUGCACCAGCUCAAAUCCUUCAGCCCGACAACACCUCUCCGUGUAAUCGCCCACGUCGACCUCGAUGCAUUUUAUGCGCAAUGCGAAACCGUCCGCCUAGGCAUCGACCCGAACAAACCACUCGCAGUUCAACAGUGGCAAGGCCUCAUCGCUAUCAAUUACCCUGCGCGUGCUUUCGGCCUUUCGCGGCACGUGACGAGUACUGAGGCGCUGAAGCAAUGUCCUGAACUCAUACUACAACAUGUAGCGACGUGGAAAGAGGGCGACGAGAAAUGGGCAUACCAUGAGAAUUCAUUCAAAGACAUGUCGACGCAUAAAGUCAGUUUGGACCCGUAUCGCCAGGCGAGUCGGAAGAUUCUGCAAUGUAUCAAGGAGGCGUUGCCAGAGAAAGAGCAGCGGGUAGAGAAAGCGAGCAUUGAUGAGGUGUUCAUGGAUCUGAGCGCACAGGUGCAUACUAUACUCCUCGACAGAUAUCCUGAGUUGAGGGGCCCAGCGCCGUACGAGGAUCCAACGGAGAGGCUGCCCAAGGUACCAACCACUGCGUUGGACUGGGCAGCCGAUGCGCUGGUGGAAACUGGCGAGGAGGAUGGCGAGGACGCCGAUCCAGAUUGGGAUGAUGUGUGUAUGGUCAUUGCAUCGGAGAUUGUCAGAGAAGUGAGGAGGCACAUCAAAGAUACAUUGGGCUAUACAUGCUCAGCAGGUGUGGCGAGAAACAAGAUGCUGUCGAAGCUGGGCUCCGGUUACAAGAAACCGAAUCAACAGACCGUCAUUCGAAAUCGUGCGGUAAAGCACUUUUUGGGAGAUAUGAAGUUCACCAAGAUCAGAAUGCUGGGCGGUAAGCUGGGCGACGAGGUGGUUGCCAUGUUCGGCACGGACAAGGUCAGAGACCUCAUGGACCAGCCACUCGAGCAAUUGAAGAAGCUGGGGGAUGACACAGGAACCUGGCUCUAUUCAACUAUCCGCGGCGAGGACAACAGUGAAGUCAACCCCCGAACCCAAAUCAAAAGCAUGCUCUCGGCAAAGUCCUUCCGACCAUCCAUUAACUCCUUCGAACAAGGCGUCCGCUGGCUCCGCAUCUUUGUAGCAGACAUCUUCUCCCGCUGUGUCGAGGAAGGCGUCCUAGAAAAUAAGCGCCGUCCCAAAACUAUCAACUUGCACCAUCGCCAAGGUGCACAAACACGCAGUCGUCAAGCGCCUAUACCUCAAGGCAAGCCCCUCUCCGAAGCCAUUCUCUUCGACCUCGCCAAGAACCUCCUCGCUCAAGUUGUCGUCGAUGGACGAGCAUGGCCUUGCGCUAAUCUCUCCUUGAGCGUCGGCGGCUUCGAAGAUGGCGUCACAAACAACAAAGGAAUCGGUGGUUUCCUUGUGCGCGGCGAUGAAGCAAAAGCCAUGAUGUCGACCGCAGGACGCUCUAUUAUGAGUAGUUCCAGCAUUCACGAACGGCCAUCCAAACGAAGGCGAACCAAAGGCAAUAUUGCAAAUUUCUUUGGGCCAAAGGAUGAAAAGAGGAAGGACUUUGAUGCCGCACGAGCCAUUUUGAUGAAAGCGCAUAGCGAAUCGACUAGAGAUGAGACAGAAGAUGACGACGAUGCUGAUGGGGACGAAGAAUCCGCGACGUUGAAUUCCGAUGAUUUAGAGAGACCUUCUACACCGCCGGCAUUGAAUCACUUUGACUCGAACAAUAAUGGCGAUUGCCCACCUGAUACGCCACCUUCAGCACAGCCACUCGCUCCUUCACAUUCUCAUCACGAGCAUCACCAGCAGCACCAACCUGAUAUUCCAGAAACGCCAAUUCCCCAACCUAAACCUCCAUCACACCAACACAUUGAGACAUACUUUUGUGCAAAGUGUAAUGUCCACCUACCUCUUCACGAGGAAGCUGAACAUGUCGACUAUCAUUUUGCGCUGGAGUUGUCAAAGGAGAUGAGACACGAGGAGCGACAGUCCCCAUUGACUACUGCCCAGAAUGCAAGAAAAAUCCCUGCUGUGCAAAAAUCUGGGCGAGGGAGAGGAAGACUACCGGGUAGUGGUGCUGGAAAGGGAGGCACAGGUGCUGGUAAGGAGAAAGGACAGGCAAAGUUGGCCUUUGGGCGGCAGACUUGA